AUGACUCUUAUUGUGUUGGCGGCGGUUGGUAUACCUGCAAAGGAAGCCUCCACUCUGGUGGCUGUAGAAUGGCUCCUAGACCGCUGCAACACUGUUAUCAAUGUCAUGGGAAACUGCUAUGGCGCAUCACUCAUUUACAGAGUGUCAACACAAGAACUGGAACUCAUGACAAGGAGGGAUGCUGCUAAUCUUGAAAAUAUUCAGGUCAACGUCAGUAGCCAGGCCUCUGAUAAUGAGAGUUUCAACAGGGAUGUGUCCCAGAACGAGGACACUGAACUCCAGAUCCUGCGCACCCCACCAGAAUCUCUGUCACCCCAAGACAGUGAUGGUGAGAAUGUGUAGUGUUAACUCACAACAGGGACAAAUACUCUAUUUUUUCUAUGGGGAGUGUUAUCUGCUUU